AUGAACCACUUUCCAAUUGAAGAGCCAUUACAAGACCAUUCUACUAAAAAGGAAGUUUUGAAGGACAUGUUUAUUGUUUUUGGGCAUGGUGACCAAAUCUUGGCCAAAAUUCGACGAAUAGCUGAAUCGCUGGAUGCUACUCUAUAUCAGAUUGAUGAAUCGUUCAGCUUGCGAAGAGAACAAGUUCAGAUUGUAAAUAAUCAAAUUGAUGAGCUCAGCACAGUUAUUGAUAGUACGGGUAUUGCUUUAAGUACUGAGCUGCAAGUAGUAGCUCAGGAUCUUCCCUAUUGGAAAAUUGUAGUCAAAAGGGAAAAGGCCAUCUAUUCCACUUUAAAUUUAUUCAAUUAUGAUCAGACGAGAAGGUGUCUAAUUGCUGAGGGCUGGCUUCCAAAAGACGAUCUGCCCAGGAUUCAGGCUUUUUUAAGAGCCAUUGCUGGACGAGGUAGUGGUGAUGGUAGAUUACAGUCAGAAGCCAAUUCUCAUGUAUCAUCGGUUAUGAAUGAACUUCAAACGAAUAGAACGCCACCUACAUUUCAUAGGACAAAUAAAUUUACAGCUGCAUUUCAAGCAAUUGUAGACGUCUAUGGUGUGGCUACUUAUCAAGAAGUAAAUCCUGGUUUAGCCACCGUUAUUACCUUCCCAUUUAUGUUUGCUAUUAUGUUUGGUGAUGUUGGCCACGGAAUUAUUCUUACCUGUGCAGCUGCUACUUUAGUUUUGAAUGAGAAAAAGAUUGGUAAAAUGGUCAGAGACGAAAUCUUUGAUAUGGCGUAUGGAGGAAGAUAUGUCUUACUUCUCAUGGGUAUAUUUUCGAUAUAUACCGGAUUGUUAUAUAAUGAUAUUUUUUCCAAGUCUAUGACGUUAUUCAACUCUGGGUGGAAAUGGCCAGAGAAAAGUUGGCAAGAAGGCGAGUCUGUAACAGCAACGCAGUCUGGAGUGUAUCCAUUUGGAUUAGACUGGGCAUGGCAUGGAACAGAAAACAACCUUCUUUUCACCAAUUCUUACAAGAUGAAACUAUCCAUACUAAUGGGUUUUAUGCAUAUGACUUAUAGUUUAUGCUUCUCUUAUGUGAACUAUAAGUAUUUCAAGUCUAGGAUUGAUGUGAUUGGUAACUUCAUUCCGGGCUUGCUUUUCAUGCAAAGCAUAUUUGGAUAUUUAUCAAUCACUAUCAUAUACAAGUGGAGUGUUGACUGGAUUGCAAUUGAUAAACCUGCCCCUGGUCUGCUCAAUAUGCUCAUAAAUAUGUUUCUCUCUCCUGGUUAUAUUGAGGCACAGCUGUUUCCUGGACAAGCAUUUGUACAAAAGGUUUUGCUGCUUAUUGCAUUUGUUUGUGUUCCGUGGCUGUUAUUGCUGAAACCACUCUGGCUUAGGAAGGAAAACAAUGAGGCUCAAGCUCAAGGAUAUCAAAAUAUUCAUCAUCAGUCUCAGGCGGGUGACAUUCUAGACAUGGAAGAAGAGGCGGGUGAUUUAAUGAUGAUUCAGGAUAUAGAUGAACACCACGAGAAAUUUGAGUUUGGGGAGGUGAUGAUCCAUCAAGUUAUUCAUACCAUUGAAUUUUGCUUGAAUUGCGUGUCACAUACCGCCUCAUAUUUGAGACUAUGGGCUUUGAGCCUUGCUCACAACCAACUGUCAUCGGUAUUAUGGACUAUGACCAUUCAGAACGCAUUCGGUACCACAGGAGUGAGCGGAAUUCUCAUAACAGUAGGGCUUUUUGGCAUGUGGUUUGUAGCCACUGUAGUUGUUCUAGUCUGUAUGGAAGGUACCAGUGCAAUGUUGCAUUCACUCAGAUUGCAUUGGGUCGAAGCCAUGUCAAAGUAUUUCGAAGGAGAGGGCUACGCAUAUAAGCCAUUUUCAUUUAAGGAUCUUGAUAGGGAAGACUUAUAG